ACAUGGCCAGAAUAAUUUGUGAUCGUUUAUCAUCAGUUCUGUAUGACAUUUUCCUCUUGUACGUCGUUUUCACGCUUUCUGUGUCAGGGGGCGAGACAGAUAAUGACGAAUGGGAAGAUUAUCUGCUUUGUCGACAAUGUGGCCAUGAUGUUACCAAGGCAACGGAUCUUAUACGACAAACAAGUCACCUGUCACUGAACCAACGGAAUGACACCAUACUGGGUGUGGACAAUAUACUCAUUCAACUCUUCAAAAAUCCACAAGGAAGGUAUUUUGAAUUAAUUACAGCCAGUCUUGCGGAUGUCAAAAAAACACAACAGGUUUAUUCACAGGAUAGCUGGUUCCCUUCCUACUCAUGGAGGAUAGUAUAUUGUUCACACUGUAAAACACACCUUGGUUGGUCGUUUGAACCUAAUGAUUAUGAAGGAGGUGUCAAAGACUCGGAAGAAACAUUCUACGGACUAAUUUUAAAUCAUCUCAUUCAUCAGGAAUAUGCAGAUUCCCUAGUCAUGUCACCCAAGAUUUAUGCUAGAUAACAUACCAGUUUAUCCUUAAAAAAGCUGAUUCAUUGGCAGCCAUCGCUGAGGUCAACAAUGGGAGUGUGUAAAGGUCAUGUGCCAAUCACAGGCCUUCAUUUGAACUCAGAGACGGCACUGUUUCAGUUGAUAUAACAUUCAGAUUAAAGAGGAUAAUGUCCCAUUUGGUGCGGCAAAAUAUUCACAUUUUGAACCCUAAAGGCGUGUGUCUAGAUCAGCGGCUAUGGCAAUGGCUUGAUCGCCAAGUGAACAACUAUCAAAGCAUAGGAGGCCCAUAGCAACACACUAAGCAACAGCCGCAGCCGCAGCCACAGCUGCCAUUUUGGACAUGGACUUGGAAUACAUGUACGUAAAAGCCUGCAUUUUGUAUUCACUGCAAUUACACUUUAAAGUCAGUGGACACUAUUGGUAAUUACUCAAAAUAAUUGUUAGCAUAAAACCUUUCUUGGUGACAAGUAAU